UGUCAGUCGGCGAACGCUGAGGGCCGCACUUCCGCCUUGGUGUCAGCGGGUCUGGGCCCGGGGCUGCUGCGGGACCAGGUGAGACAACCCGCCCGCGGCCUGCGCCCUGGCGGGGCCACCGCAGCCGAGGCUGCCGCCGGGGCACAGCCUGUGAACUCCUUGAGGGUAUGGUCUGUCUUCCUGCAACACUUAAGGGCCAGAACUUGAAAACUGCUGCCUAAAAGCACAUAUGGUUUUGUGUGUGUCUGUGUGAGGCUUGCAGCUCCACCAAUGAAUAUCUGCAAAUAAAACAAAUCCCUGGCCUUGGCAACAUUCUGUGACGUAUUUCAAUAUAUUUUACUGUGUACAAGCAUUUCAUUUUAUCACCUGCUAUAAGUACUCCAGUAGGAGCUGGUAGAAGACCACUUUCACCCACAAAAUGUAAACAGUAAUUUCGUCUCAAGUUUACAACUGAGGGAUACUUCAGACUUUCAACAUUGUUAAUACACAAGACUGCUUUUUAAAGUUCUGAGCUGAAGCAGUGGUGAACUUGUGACCACAGGAGAAAACCCUGUGUGGAGUUUGAAGGACUAAUCAUGAACCAAAGCCCUUGUUGGAGUAGGGGAGUGAUCUCUGUUAAGCUUAUUAGCAUGCAUAUCACCUAAAGUGAGUUGGUAUUUAUGAGGGAAGAUUCCAUUCCACAAAAAUGUUCAAUCUUUAAAUCCAGCAAAAUGAUGCAUUAGAGGAAGCCAAGUUGGCGGUUCAAAGAUUUCAUACUGAAGAAUGAAUAGUGAAGAAGAGUUCUUUGAUGCCGUUACGGGCUUCGAUUCCGACAAUUCUUCAGGAGACUUUUCAGAAACCAAUCAUAAAGUUGCAGAAAUGCUUGAUCUGGAUCCACCCCAAAGCAAUAGGACUGGAAGACAUAAUGGAGAGAGGCAGCUCCAAGAGAAUGGAAUUAAGAAACACAGAACAUCGUUACCUGCACCAAUGUUUUCUAGGAGUGAUUUCAGUGUGUGGAGUAUAUUAAAAAAAUGCAUUGGACUGGAGCUGUCUAAAAUUACAAUGCCUAUUGUCUUCAAUGAGCCACUGAGCUUCCUCCAGCGGAUAACCGAAUACAUGGAACACAUAUACCUCAUUCAUAAAGCUAGCAGUCAUGCGAACCCCCUGGAAAGAAUGCAGGCUGUAGCUGCUUUUGCAGUUUCUGCAGUAGCUUCUCAGUGGGAGAGAACUGGCAAACCAUUUAACCCUCUACUAGGAGAAACCUAUGAAUUAAUCAGGGAGGAUUUAGGCUUUAGGUUUAUAUCUGAACAGGUCAGUCACCACCCACCUGUUAGUGCAUUUUAUUCUGAAGGCCUCAAUAAGGACUUUGUUUUUCAUGGAUCAAUCUACCCCAAAUUAAAGUUCUGGGGGAAGAGUAUAGAAGCAGAGCCCCGUGGAACAAUUACAUUGGAGCUUCUAAAACACAAUGAAGCUUACACGUGGACAAACCCAACCUGUUGUGUACAUAACAUAAUUAUAGGUAAACUGUGGAUAGAACAGUAUGGAACAAUAGAAAUUGUAAAUCACAGUACUGGAGAUAAAUGUAUCCUUAAUUUUAAACCAUGUGGACUGUUUGGGAAAGAGCUUCACAGAGUAGAGGGUCACGUUCAGGACAAAAACAAGAAGAAGCUCUCUGUGAUCUAUGGCAAAUGGACAGAAUGCUUGUGGUGUAUCAAUCCUGCCACAUAUGAUACUUCUAAAAAGAAUGAAAAGAGAGGUGGUGACCAGAAGAAAAUGAAGCCGAGCGAAGAUGCUGGGAACGAUGAGGCUGAUGAUAUGCCAGAGAUCCAAGAGACUGUGCAAGUCAUACCAGGCAGUAAGCUGCUUUGGAGAAUAAAUUCUAGACCACCAAACUCAUCACAGAUGUACAAUUUCACCAGUUUUGCUGUGAGUCUCAAUGAGCUGGAAACGGGCAUGGAAGCAGUUUUAGCUCCCACUGAUUGUCGUCUACGUCCAGAUAUCAGAGGCAUGGAAAAUGGAGAGCUGGACCUGGCUAGUAAAGAAAAAGAGAGACUAGAAGAGAAACAAAGAGCCACUCGUAAGGAACGUGCAAAAGAUGAAGUGGAAUGGAGGACAAGAUGGUUUCAUCAAGGCAAUAACCCAUACACUGGAACGUCAGACUGGUUAUAUUCAGGCGGAUACUUUGAUAGAAAUUUCUCAGACUGUCCAGAUAUAUAUUGAAAUCUCUGAACUCAUCACUCCAUCUCAUCUGGACAUCUAGUUGUUAAAUUUCAAUCUAUGCCAGUUAUUCUGGUUUUGUUAAUAGCAAAAAACAGCUUUUCUAAAGUAAAUUUUAAUGAAAAUUAUAUCAUUCACCAAUCAAGGAUUUGUAAUUAAUUUUGAUUGCCAAAUAUUUAAAUGCUAUUACAUUCUUUCCAUAAAGCUUUCAUCUGAAAUCAUCAUGUUUUCUCUAAGUUUUAAAAGGGACUUUGGUUGCCUUUUUUUGUCCUUUUUUGGGUCUGUCAAAGGUAUGCUGUAGCCAAUAGGGUUUACAGCACCCUUUUAAUUAUAUAACUGAGAAAAAAAUAGCAGUGAUAUCCUUGUUACUUCACUUAGUACAGCAUUAAAGAAUCUAACUGUCCAGAACUUGGAACAAUGGUAAAUUAGUACGGUACAAAUAUGAUCAAAUCGGGCAGAGUCAGCGUUCCCUGUGAAGAGAUGUAUGCAACGUUUUCAAAUGGUAAGCAGAGCUGAAGAGAUUGGCGCUCCUGGUCUAUCUCAGUACAAUUCGGUAAUUUAAAAGAUUGAAAAAACACGUUAGGCUUACUGCAGUUUGAAAAACUGCUACUCUGAAUUCUCUGUCUUUGGGCACUGUGAGCAUUACUUAAACUAUAUACCUAUGAUGACAAUUACAUAACACCGUGUGUGGGGGGGGAUUAGAAGGGUGCAUUAACAAACAUCUGCUUUUCUAAAGUAAAACGUUACUCUUAAAAUACAGAAAGCUUCAGAGAGAUUUGUAGAAACAUGGACGUUGUGGUUACAGCGUAAGAUAAAGAUAUAGGAUAUUGCUUGCUACCACUAGGAGGCUUGGGUCUCCAGCACUACUUUAAGCAUCUUAGGCACUAUUUAAGCUUCUAAACUGACUUUUCUUUGGAAGCACUCAAUAUAUAUCCACAGAUGGUCUUAUUUGUGUUUUUAUUUUGUUUUUUGUGCAUGUUCUGAAACAUUACUGGUAACAUCUGGUUGUAUGUUGUAAAAAAAACAAACCCCCAAUCCGUUUAAAGCUAAGUGGCAUAACUAAAGUUAUUUUAAAAAUAGUAUUAGGUAUAAUCUCUGUAACCACUUGCAGUCAUAGAAAAUGGAUUUAUUUUUGUUGUCAAAGCAUAUAAUGUUGGAACGAUUUGAACUGCAAAUCUGUGGAUGGUAUCUAUAAAUGUAUGGAGUUAAUUGUCAAAGUGGUACAUUUCUGAGAAUGGGAGGGGGCUUAAACAAUUAGGUUUAGAAAUUAAACCAAUUUUAAUAGUUGCUCAUUCUUUUCUGAAAGCCCUCAAUUUAAUAACCAAUAGAAACUGGCUAUGUUGCUGAUAAAUUUACAGUAAUUCAGAGACUGCUGAUAUUAAACACCAGCAUUUCUUUGCGUAUUCAUGAAAGAAUCAGUCUGAUUUCCAAAUUCAUUUGAGGAUGUGUACUUGUGACUUCAUCCAAAGACUAGGUUUUGAAGUGCAUUUACCAGCUAGAAGAAAAAUGAAAAAUAAACAAAAUCCAAGAGAAACCUAUUUCUUUCACGUGAAAUUAUGCACCCAAAGAUGGGAGAUAUUUGAUAUUUGUUACAUUUUAGUUACAUUUUAUUCAUCUUUCCAGUGAAGAAGGUAAGCUGUGAAGGUUCAAGGCAAUUAAGGCACAACUCUGAAAUAAAUUCAUGUCACUGUAUCCUGUUGUCAGCAAUCAACUUUGUUGACCUUCAAGUCUCUUGGACAUCCAGGCUAGUCUUGAUGAUCUUGUUUAUACUGGUGAGUUAGAGAAAAAAAUAUUUACUCCUGAUUUAAGUACAUUGGCAAUUCUAAUUUUUAUAAGGCAUAACUAAUGCAUAUGGCAACUUAAACUACUUUCGAUCUGCUUUUUUGUAAAAUUAAACCUAAAAGAUUAAUAUUUCACAUACUUUAAGCCCCUUCAAUUUUCUUGCUCGUAGAUGUUAACAUAAGGAGCACUGUACAAAGGUAUCAGUGAAAACAGUGAAGGGAUUCAAGUUUUAAGCCAUAUUUGUAAUGUUUCAUGAAUAAAUCUUGUUUAAACUAAAUACUUAAGUUUGUUCAUUGUUACAGUGCUGCUUUAAUACAAAUACAUAUAAAUAGAAAGUCACUAGAAUGAAAAAAUGCUAUAAUUGAUUUUUUUAAAAAUCCUAUUUAUAAAUAAGGUGUACAGGUGGGAAAUCUUUUAAUUCUGAAUCACAGCCUAAGUUUAGUAGGUCUAAAAAUAUUUCCAUUACGCAAAAAUCAGUUUUUUAUUUGAAAAAGGCUAUGGAGGCACACUUUAAUCCAAAUUGCAUUGUAUCAGUCUUUAUAGAAUAAAAAACUCCAGCAAAAUGUUAUCCAUUACUAUUGCCUACAUUGCAUAGAUCUGUUACUUUGGCAUUUUCCCUACUUUUAAAGCAAAGUCCAAAAACUUCUUCUUUUCCCUUCUUUUUUCUUUGUUUGGCUUAUUAAGGCUGUAUCAAAAGUAUUUACAAAAUGCUUCCUCGCUACUCAUGGCUAGCGUACAUUUCACUAGCCAUCUGACACCUAAUGUUACAGUUUGAUUAUUUGUGUCUCAGCGAAAAACAUUAAUGUCUCUUUUUAAAUGAAAAAAACGCACCUAUAUAGUUUUACUUCUUAAGACACAUUAACUAAACUUUGCACCUUUUUAAAAGAAUGUCACUUUUAUAACUUGAUUAAACACUGACUGUAUGUAAAAUAAUUGUGUGUUAGUAUGUGUUCAUACAUUUACAUAGAAUUUUUUUUUUUUUUUUUUUAAAAGAAACCACAAUAGAUGUUAAACACACUUCAGGCCUAUAAAUGGUAUAAAAGAUGUUUGAAGUGUGACUUUCACAAUCGAGCAACUAUUUUUGUGGGGAGGAAAAGUUACACGUUAUCUUGGCUUGUCAUUUUCCUUUGUAUCUACCUUGAUACUUAUUGGAGACAUAUGAUUUGAAUUAGAACUUUCAUCCUUAUAAACACAGCUUUUCUUCUGCUUGAGCAUGCAGUAGACUCAAUUCUUUGACAUCAGGCUCUUGCUAGGAAAAUACAUAGAUGGCAAUAAUGUAGUUAUCACAAAUAUACUGAAAGCUACUGUAGGAAGAAAUGAUCUGAAAAAGAACAAAUGAGUUAUUUAAACACUUUUUUGAAACUCAAACAGGAACCCUUCCCCCCCCCCCCCCCCAAAAAAAAAAAAAAAAAGGAUGUGGGUCUAUCAGAUAUGUUUUGAAUGUUAUUCCCCACAGUGGAAGUCCCACCACUACAUGUUUAAAAAACCCAAACACUAAGUGGAGGGGACAGGAUGGAACUCUCAGUAAAAGGUAAAUUAAUCUUCUGGUAAAAUUUUAAAUUCCAACAGAAGUGAAACUCUAAGUUUAUAGCCACUGCAUAGCAUCUAACUUGGUCAUUUUGACGAUACACCAUACUGUAGAUUGUGACAACUCUUUGGGAUAUUGGACCCUUGUAAUUCCUGGGGCCCAGAUUAUAUAGGGAGGGGAAUUAUACUCCAAAUUAAGUAGAAAAACCACAGAAAUGAUUAGCAAUGGUUUCCCAUUUGAACACAGUUUAAAAUUCUCUAUAAAUUAAGAGGUGAGGGCUCUGAGGUAUAUUUUCUUUUGCCUCCACGCUUUGAAAUCGGGGGGCGUGGGGUGGUUUUGCUUUUUACUUUUCAUGGAUUUUUCCUAAAUUUAGAAUGGUUAUAAAAGACUUCAGAUCACUGAUUUUUACAUACUAAUAGUCUGUGUAUUUGUAACCAUCUGUACAGUACAUAUGCCUGAUGUAUUUCCUCAUAAAUGUAGUCUUCAUCUCAUGUUCACUGUACUCAAUGUAUCUUAAUGUUACAAAUAAACAUGUUUAGUAUAUGUGGACUAAACACUACAUAAUUUGAUAAUAUACUGUAACUUUGCCUCUCUGAAAACACACCUGUAGUUUGGGUCAAUUGUAUAAUAAAGCAAUAUUUAAAUUUAUGUAAAUCUAAAUGGUUCUAUCGUAGAAAAUUCAUUUUGGUAUGUUUUGUAGCAUGAAAAAAUUAAAACUUGCUUAUACUUUGACUAUACUUUUAUGAAGCUGCUGCUUUUCUUUUGCGUUACUCAAUUGCUGUAUUCCUAUUGAUUAAAUAUUUACACACUGUGUUUGCCUUAUCCAUGUUGCAUGAAAAUAUCAAAUAAAAAUGAUUUAGUGAAAUGGAUUUAUUUUUAUAAUAUUUAAUAACAGUCAAUACCCAUCUAUAACAAUCAAUCCUAUUUAGCUUUUCAGAGAAGUCUGUACAGAUUUGUGGACAUAAAUGUUAAACUGUAAAUUUGAAUAAAGGUCAUUUUGAAGAAGA